UAUAUUUAUUAUGAUUUAAUGUACGACACUACUGUUAUUUGAGGAGUGUUACCUCCUCAUUUUUUACAUUUAAACGCCUGAAAGCAGCACCUUCUCCUCCUCCCACCAAUAAAUUAAAUACGCCCUUAGUCAAUAAUUAAUAUAAAACACGGCUGAACUUGAAGAAAUAAUAGUAUUGUGUUAUCGUAUUUAAGUGUCUGAUUGUAAUAUGAACAUGGCUGCAGGUGUGAAAGAUGUUAAAAUGACUAUGCGUUAUCCAUCUCAACCCGACUUUGCUGUACUAGGAACUUCUGUAUUCAAUUUAAGUUUUGCAGAGAGAAAAUUUAUACACAUCGGCUGCACAUGGUUAAGCGACCGUUAUUCUCCAGUGGUGAUAAUAAUAUCUCCAAGUAUGUACUUUUGGAUGGAUAUCGAUAAAUUUAUUAAUUUUUUACAAUUAAUCGAUGAAGUUAUUUCAUUCAUGGACGAAUCGUGUAAAUCAAAAAUUUAUUUGAAUUCCGUUUUUAACAUUGUAAAAUCGAAAUGUUUCUCAAAAAGUUAUUUAUCAAUAUCGGGUAAAGGCAGUGAAGAAGAAAAAAUGGGGCGUAUAUCAUUGACCGAAAAAAAUCUAUUUGCGUUGAAAGAAAUGAAGUCAUGUCUCCUGGAAGUAACCAAAGAGAAAUACGAAACGUGCAACUUAUUGUACACACAAAGUAAAGAAGUUUACGAAAAAGUAAAGGAUUUGGUAAUAAAUAAGUUUUUAGUAUUACCCGAAAAUUUAAUGUAUUCCAUCGUGAAAAGUAUGGAUAUAUCGUUAUUGCCAAAGACAUCAACAGCACUGUACAAAGAAAUAGUUACCUUCGAUUAUAAAUGUAUCAUUAAACGUAUAUGGGAACAAUUCAUUGAGGAUUUCAAACAUCAAACCAAUCAGGAUGUUAAGCAGAUGACAAAUGAAAAUAUAAGUAAAAACGAUGACCAACAAGAUCAUUUGGAAAAUCACAACGAAAAUGUACAAGAUGAUAAUGUUCACCGUAUAAAUAAUGAUUUAUCUAAUCCAUUUAAUGAUCAAAUUCAAAUAUGGGAAAAUUGUAACGAUUUAUUUGGUUAACAAAAUAAAAAAAUAUUAUUAACAAUAAUUGUAAACAAUUUUGAAAUGAUAUA